GAUAAAUAUCACUUGGCAAUAAUAUUUCAAUUUUUUAUGAGAGCUGGCUUUCAAAAAGAAGACUAUAUAGUGCAGAAUUUUUUCUUAGCUUUUUAUAAUGCAUUAGAAAAAACCAAAUUACCACCAUUAUUUGUAAUAUUUGUGACAUCACGCUCAGUGAUUACGUCACUGUUGGUGAAUGAACAGUGUCUCUAUAUUUUUUGUAGGAGUGUAAGUCAUGAUAUCUAUGAUGAUGUGAAUGUAGCAGUGAAAAAUAUGGUAGUACGGUAUUAUUUGAAAGCCAUUAAUGAUAAGUCCCAUACAAGAAAAGAAUAUCAACGCAGUAAGCUUCAACUAUUACAAAGGAUGCAAUACAGAACAUUUGUUCAAAAAAAAAUUUGUAAAAAUAUUAUAAGUUUGAUUCCCCACAAGUUCAUGGAAAGAAAUAGGCAUGAACUACAUGCUGGAGCAUUUAAUGAAUCCAAUAAGGUUUUAUGUAAAAAAUGUCUGUUACCAAUAAGAAAAUCCAAGGAGGUCGAGCAAAGAAAUAGCACUGUAUUAAACAAACACUCAAGAUGACGAGGAAGCCAAAUUAAUUUAAUACUUACUAGAAAUACGAAAUAUUAUGAAGGGGUUAUUUUUUUGAGUUCGUAUAGGUCAAAAGUUGAUGUGAAAAUGAUUUGCCAAUAUCUUAAAAACUGGUCAACAUAAAUACUUUAAAAUUGGUACAUUGGGUUGUAAUGUAAGACAUGAAAAAAAUGUCCUUUGUAUAUAUAACCAAUAGCUUGUUCUUGUACAUGUUUUCAAAAAAGUAUAAUUACUUAUUAAUCUUAAAGUUAUCAACUUGAGAAGUUCUAAAAUAUUGAAAAGUAUCUAUUUUGAACUUUUAAUAUUCUCUAUCUUCUUAAUAUUAACUUUGGGACCAAAUAGCUGCAUUGAAUUAUUUUCACCCAAAAAAUACCUAGGGUCAUCUUGUGUACAAAAUUACAGCUAGUAAAUCACAAU